AGCCACAAAAGCUCAUGUCCGGCUGAGCUGUUCGGCGCUGUGACAACAGCUCAUGGCGCGAGAACUCGUGCGCUGUUCUUUCUUUUUCUGGUGCGCUUUUUCAUCAGCACAUGAGUGCCAGGAUGAGGCACCAACAGCGGUUUGGCUGCAGUUGCAAUCGGCGCUUCAGGCGAACCAGCCAAGCUCACAGCCAGGUGUUUGUGCCAACCCAGCUCCGGAGGACUUCGACAAACCCAUUUCUGCUGUGUUGGACAAGUACCCUGGACGUGACGGUUGGUGCAUUUUUGGAGCCGCCGCUGAUUGGUGCAGCACUUGUGCAAUUGGCCGCGAAGAGAAGGCUAUGAGGCCAUACGCUGAACAUCAGGCAAAGAUAACUACAACGACAGAGUAUAAGUAUUUGCAGACUGGCAAAGAGCCCAAAAAGGUUUUGCUGCCAGAAGGCACGUCCUAUAAGUCUUUGACCAACGUGAGGGACUACCAUGAUUUAUUCUGCGCACUGAAUGGUCUCUUUAAUGUCUCGCGCUCGGCAGCUCUCGACGAUUUCGAGUAUCUCGAGCAAGUCUCUGAAGAGAGAUGUCUGAGUGUGCAAAGCAAAGUGUGGAACUAUUUUGGUCUUUCCAUCAACACUUUGCUUUGGGAUCCGUACCCUCUUUCGGAUGCUCUCAUAGAAAUUCUCACUAGCGACAAGCCGGUGGUGCAUUUAAACCAGUCCUUUGUCGAUAUGUUUCAUUACGAGGCGGCUGUCCAGUGUCGUCUUGGGGACGACCAGGGGGCUCUUUGCGUCAUGGCCUACUGCGCCCUUCGAGGCUGCAUGGGACCCGAUGGUGCGGUGGGGCAAACCAAACAUGGCGAGUGCCCUCCAGUUUGAUAGUGAAAAGAAUGUGUGACGUGAAAAAGUGUGACAUGAAAAAGCAG